AUGGGCAUUGCUUCAUAUCCUUUGAAAUAUCUGGCUAAAAAGGUGUUCGGUGAAGUAGAACUAGGCAGCGCAUUUGAAGACCCCUUUUUCGAAGAGGUUGAGUUUGAAAAACGUUCAUUUUGGUCUGGGAGUACCAAAAUCGUCAAAAAACGCCGUGACAAAAGCAUACCUGAAUCGAUCCCGGACACCGAUGGUAAAAUCUUGCGUCGUGUGAGAAAGAGAGCUUAUCGGCUGGACAUGAAGUUCCAUCUCUUCGGUAUAAGAUUCGGAUGGUUAGGUGUCAUUGGAAUCCUCCCCGUCGUUGGUGAUCUCAUGAUCCUCUGGCUGUCACUGCAAGUAUAUCAGGAAGCGCUAAAGGUGACCGGUGGACUUCCGCCGGGAGUUUCCGCCCAAAUGAUCACCAACAUCGCUUUGGACUUUGGUCUGGGUCUGAUACCCAUCGUAGGUGAUUUCGUUUCGGUGUGCUACAAAGCCAACUCGAGAAACGUGUUGGUGCUGGAAAAACAUUUAAAGCGCAAGUAUAGCCGGACAAUAACACGACCCGUAGCUACACCCAAUCCGAGAAACAGGCUAGCAAGCGAGAUUUGA